AUGCAACCUAGAAGCCCUAGAGUAGGAGCAAGACUUAGUUGUCGAGUCGCAUCGGGUCUUAUAAUUUGCAGAAAAGUUACAUGUACAAUGGGUGUUUUUACUGGAUGUCAAAUCGUGCUUGAUGUCUCAACAGCAGUUCGCUAUAAAGAGAAACAGUCACUGAAAAAGUUGGUGACUGAUAAUGAUGGAAUAAUAUCAUUCAUUCUUACAAACAAGAGUUCUUGUGUCGUGGCAGACUCUAAUGAUCAGGCUCUCAACUCUUACAAAUGUCGCACAGCUUUAGAUCGUGGUAUUCCAAUUGUUUCUACUGCAUUCCUCAAACAGUCUGUGGAGCAAGAAAAGUUACAAGAUUUUGACUUGUACCUCCUUGCAGGGAAAACUAAGGCAGAAGAGCUGAGUACUGGAAAGAUCGUUGCAAACAAAAAUCAAAGCAAUGUGAAAAAGAAGCGGAAAACAGAAUACUUUGAUAUCAAGAAAAUCAAAGUAUGGCCAUCUGAUGAUAAAGACCAACCAUUCUUUGAUGAAACUGAUUAUACUAUUGUUAAACAUGUAUUUUUAAGGAAAUAUGACAAAAAGAAUUCAACUGAGAAGUUUUGCAUCAUUGAACUUCAUAGCUAUUCAAGAGGACAGAAUGCUGUAGAUUCACAGUACAGGGUGUCAUUACAAUCUGGCUCAUUCCAUCUAGGCACAAACAUUGAGCUUCCAACAGAUGUAAAUACAGAAUACAGGUAUUGCAGUACACCUGAGAUUGCAAUUCACACCUAUGCACACCUGUACAAUAAAUUCACUAAGCUACCAGAAGGGAUGACCAGGAUGUACAACUCGACUGUACCAGCUCAUUGGAAACAUCUUGGAUCGACUAGACUGCAACGGUUGAGGUCUGAAUUGGGUGUAUGGAACAGUGAACUCCCCAGUGAUGUAUCGGAGCUCGUUGACCAUAUAUGGAAGGAGGCAUCUGGUGUACUAGAUGAAGUGCUGGGCAUCCCUGUUGAAUCAAUUAAAGUUGACCAAGUAGAGAAAGCAGAGGGUUUGUUGCUACAGCUGAAACUGGGCAUUGUAAAGGAAAGUGAAAGUGCUGACAUUAGCAGUCUUUCAAAUGAGUUCUACGACUGUAUACCACAUCAACCUGAUCACAAGAUAGAGAUCAACUCCAAGAGACUGAUUGCCAAAAAGCAAGACCUUUGCCAGUUGAUCAGGGAUAUGAUAGCAAUGAGUGAGGCCACAAACUGGAAGAAAACUGACAGUAUUAGUGCGAAGUACAGGGCUCUGAGAUGUAACAUUGAAUCAACAGAUGCAACAGAGGCAAAAGAUAUCACUGAUCUGUUUUACUUGAGAUUUGAGGAGUUUGAUUGUAAAGCUAAAGUGAAGAAUGUAUUCAAAAUAAGGAGGGCACCAGAGGAGGACAACUUUACCCACAAUAUCUCAAACAAAAAGCUGCUGUUCCAUGCCUCAAUCCCCCACAAUUUUGUUGGAAUUUUAUCAAGGGGUCUUCUGCUACCAAAUGUAAUAGUAGAUGAUUACGGGGGAACCAGAACUGACGCUGGGAUGCUUGGGAGUGGUAUUUACUUUGCCCUGUCUUCAAGCACAAGUGCCAAAUAUUCCUCACCUAGUGCUAAUAAGGGAACAAGAUUCCUAUUGGUCAAUGAAGUUGCUCUUGGUAAAUGCAAAGAGUAUGUGACCUUUCACACUGAGCUCAAAGCUCCACCUAGUGGCUAUGACAGCACACAUGGUGUCAAAGGGAAGGAUGAAUAUCCAACUGAUUUUAAGGAUGAUGAGUAUGUGAUCUACAACCCUCAACAGCAGCGCAUAAAAUACCUGAUUGAGUUCAGCCUUCCUGAAGAUACUGUGAAAGAGCAACCACUUGCUGCUGUAACAUGGGGGACUGAUGUACCAACUGAUGUAGACAUGGAUGAUGAAAAUGAUGAUUCUGAGCCAAAUAAGGAUAUAGGUCUGGAUGACAUCAAGAAUAUAUCAGACCCCAUGGACAAUGUUCAGGCAGGUUUACAAUCAGAUGGUGAAGCACCAGUUCCUUUACAAUCUGUGCAUAUCAGAGCUGAACUUGUAGAUCUUGCUGCAAAGGUUGUUGUACUGCAGGAGUACAGGAAUGAAAGCAAUGUUCCCAUAGAAGCCAAAUAUGUGUUCCCUCUAAAUGACAUGUGUGCAGUGGUGGGCUUUGAAGCAUUCAUUAAUGGCAAACACAUCAUUGGAGAGGUGAAGGAGAAAGAGGUUGCCCACAAGGAGUACAAGAAAGCCAUCAGUGAGGGACAUGGGGCUUACCUGAUGGACCAAGAUGUUGAGACACCUGAUGUAUUCACAGUAAGUGUAGGCAACCUACCAGCUCAGGCCAGUGUUCUUAUUAAGAUCACAUAUGUUGCUGAACUACAAGUUGAGGGAGACAACAUAUGUUUCACCCUACCUGGCAGUGUAGCACCUUGGAAGAAGGAGACUGCCCUAGAUGAGAAAACACAGUCUGAUGUACAUACAGUGAAAGUAGAUAAGGACGAGUCAGACUAUGUCACUGUACAGGUGUCUGUACGUAUGCCCUUCAACAUACAUACACUACACUGCCCAACACACAAGGUCAAAAUGAAGCAAACUGCUGACAAAGCUGUAGUUGAACUCCAGAAGAAUCAACAACUUGGAGAGGGGUUCACCCUCCUUAUUGGGUUAGCAGAAAUUCAUGUACCAAGAAUGUGGGUGGAGGAACACCCAGAUAAAGACAGUCAGGCAUGUAUGCUGACAUUUUACCCUGAGUUUGAGGCUGUGUCUGAUGAAAGCUAUGAAAUAAUAUUCAUGUUGGAUGUAUCUAACUCAAUGAAGGGAGCAGCCCUUCUUGAUGCUAGGAAAAUACUAUUGCUCACUCUCCAGCAUCUGCCACAGGGAUCAUCCUUCAAUGUUGUUUUAUUUGGAACAGGUUUUGAAGAACUUUUCCCAUGCAGCGUGCAAAAUACAAAAGCCAAUAUGAAGCUAGCCCAAGAAUUUAUCAAGAAUGCCAAAGCAGACCAAGGGAACACAGAAGCCUCUAGACCCCUACAGACAUACUUGCUGCUGGCCCCAACAGAGAACAUACGAAACAUCAUGCUCUUAUCAGAUGGCCAUAUUAACAACAGUGAUUCUACAUUACAUGCUCUAAAGUGUAAUUGCAAACAUACCAGGCUGUUUUCUAUGGGAGUAAGUGGGACUGCUAACAAGCACAUGUUGAGAGCACUGGCCAGUGCAGGUGCUGGAGCAUUUGAGUUCUUUGACAGUAAAAGAAAAUCUAAGUCGGAAAAUAAGAUCAAGAGUCAACUGUCCAAGGCAGGGCAGCCAGGGUUAACAUCUGUCUCCAUAGACUGGGAACAGCAUGAUGAUAAUGGUCGCUAUGCUAAACCUCUACAAGCCCCUAGUCAGAUCUCUUCAUUGUUUAGUGGAUCAAGACAAGUUGUCUAUGGCUUUGUGCCUAACUGUCUCAUGGCAACUUUACAUGCAGAGAUUGAUGGCCAUGAGGUCUCAACAAUGGUGUCUACUUCUGACUUGAGUGUCACCCAUGGUACACUCUUGCAUCAACUUACAGCUAGAGGUGUCAUAAGAGACUGGGAAGAGGGCACUUUAGCUUUACAGAGAACGGAACAUGAGGCAGAGAAGAUGAAGAGAAAAAAGCAAAUCAUCAACCUAAGUGUAGAAUACUCGAUCGUGACGCAGUUCACAAGUUUUGUCGCUGUUGAAAAGAGGGACAAGGAUGAAGACAUGACAAAGUCUGAAGGCCCUAGUAUAGAAGAGCUGGUUGCUGAGGAAAAUGUUGACAUUCUUGAUUACAUUGCGUGGAAGGAUAGUGGUGACACUCAUGAAAGACCACAAAGGAGCACUGAGGAAAGAGUCAUCGAUCUUGCCGCGCAAGCCAAGAAAGAAGAGGAAUGUGACUAUGUCAGCCAAGCUCUGAGGAGUUAUGAAGAAGCCAUUGAAUUAGCUGAGAAAGAUCUACCCCCAACUCACCCACUGUGCUUAAGCACGAAAUUGAACCUGUCAGUGUUUUACGAUGAUGUCAUGAAAGAUAAAGACAAAGCAUAUGCCACAUCUAAGGAGGCAUUUGACAAUGCUAUCAGUGAACUGGACUGCCUUAGUGAGGAGAGCUAUGGGGAAUCAACCAGGAUCAUGCAACUUCUCAGAGACAAUAUCACAUUAUGGGGUUCUGAGAUAAAACCACUGCAUGAACCUGGUCAAGUUGAACUUUAUGCUGCCUUGCCUCCAUCUUAUUCACCAACUUCUCCAUCUUAUUCACCAACUUCUGCAUCCUACGAAUAUUCUGCAGACAUGAUGCUGUGUGAAGAGGCUUAUGAAGAUUGUGGGACCUCAGAACCUCAAGAAUUAAGUGAUAUGAGUAUGUGUGACGAUGAGAAGGAGGUGGAAAAAUAUAUAAUUGCACGAUCUUAUAUGAUAAGCGAAUGUCCAGAUAAAUCAGAAAGUGAAGAAGAUGAGGAUAUGGGCUUUGGAUUUUUUGAUGAUGAUGAUGAAGUGUGUUCCAGCAAAGCAAUGCCAGAGAGAAAGAAACCCAUGGAUCUCGAUGAUGUAUACAAUGAAUCUGAUGACAUGUGUCUUCAGAUGUUUGCUCCCACUCAGGAGAUAGUUCAUGCACAGGAACUGCCAAAGCUUAAAAUGGCUUCCGAGGAGUUGAUUCCAGCAGAAAAUAUGUCUAAACAAAGUCCUGAGAAGUCCAGUGCAGGUAUUGUCCAUAGAAAAAUAUUUGGUAUGGCUGAGAGCAAAUCUAUGGAAAAGCCUUUACCUCCCCAACAAAAUCUUGCACAAAGAGACUCUCUUUCUGUUUUGGAAGAAAGGGCAUGUGACCUUUUACAGACUGCAGCAACAUUUGGUGCCCCAUCAGGACGAGGAAGAAGUAAAAUGCCAUUUAAAUCUAAACCAGGGUUAUCUGCACAAAUGAUGAAAGAAGCAGAACCACAGAUAUCUUUUGCUAAGAGCAUCCCCAUGGCUAAGCCAGCCCAAGUUAUGCAACCAAUGCAGCAACAACGACAGAUUAUUGCCCCAGCAAGAGCUUUUGGCAGUUUGUCAUCAAAUAAAGCAAUACCAUCUGAUGGAAUUGGAGUUGAGUCCUCACAUGUUAGAUUUGAAUCAGCUGCCCUUGAUGAUUCAAGAAGAUUGAAUGAGAAAUCUGAAUACCUAUCCUUUUCUAAUGAACCUGUGCAAUUUGGUUUUGGGUCAGCCCAAGUCAAUUUGUUAGACAGGUCAGCACCACCCCCAUCACCACCACCUAUGACAGGUGGAGGGCUGUUUGGAGGUCCUGUAUCCAGUGCAUUUGGGUCAGCCUCGCCCGCUGCACCACCACCUGUGAUGGGUGGAGGGUUGUUUGGAGGUCCUACAUCUCAUACUUUUGGGACAGUUCCACCCCCUGCACCACCCUCUGUUGCAGGUAAAGGGCUGUUUGGAAGUCCUGUAUCCAGUGCAUUUGGGUCAGCCCCGCCCGCUGCAUCGCCACCUGCAGCAGGUGGAGGGCUGUUUGGAGGUCCCACAUCUCGUGCAUUUGGAUCAGCCCCACCCCCUCCACCGCCACCUGUGACAGGUGGAGGGCUGUUUGGAGGUCCUGUAUCCAGUGCAUUUGGGUCAGCCCCUCCCGCUGCAUCGCCACCUGCAGCAGGUGGAGGGCUGUUUGGAGGUCCCACAUCUCGUGCAUUUGGAUCAGCCCCACCCCCUCCACCGCCACCUGUGACAGGUGGAGGGCUGUUUGGAGGUCCUAUAUCCAGUGCAUUUGGGUCAGCCCCGCCCGCUGCAUCGCCACCUGCAGCAGGUGGAGGGCUGUUUGGAGGUCCUACAUCUCGUGUCUUUGGAUCAGCCCCACCCCCUCUACCACCACCUAUGACAGGUGGAGUGUCGUUUGGAAGUCCUUCAUCAAAUGCCUUUAGGUCAGCCCCAGCCCCUCCACCACCAACUGGUUUAUCAUUUGGUAGUUUUGGCUUAGAAUCAGCCCCAUCCCCUGCAGCAGAUGAUGGACAACUUGCUGAUAGUAUAUCUUUUCCCUCUGGAUCAGCUCUACCAUCUAAAUCUGGUGGACCAUUUAGUUUAAGAUCGGCUAAAAGAACAAGUUUAGCUGCUAAAUGUAAUAUGGCUGAGAAAAGUUCAAAUGCAGAUGUAUUAAAAGGAUACCAGUCCAAAGAUUUGACUAUGCCUCCUGAAGUUCCAUCAGCUCCUGUAGCUCCCCCUCCACUUGUACCUCCCCGUCCCUCGCAAACAGGUACCCGUGGAUCAUCUGAACGCAUAUUUUCAAAUAAGGGCAUCAAUAGAGCUGACCCACGUCAUAUUCAAUUAUGUGCAGAACCCCAGCCUUUAAUGUCAUGUAAGGCUCGUGGGAGUCCUUCAAGAAUGAGAGAACGAUCAUUAGAAAAAAUGAGCAUAGAUGUUAUACCAGUUGAGGAAGACACCCUUAUGCGUUCAAGUGAUGCCUUCAAGAGUGAAUCAUAUGAGGAAGGAGCAAUUGAAAACCAGAAAGAUGCUAAGUUGGUGAGGAAAAAGAAGAAAAAAGCCAAAUUGACUAUGGAUACUAGACCUGAAGCUGAUAUGAAGCAAGAAAUAGAUAAAACACAACCACGACGUAUUGCAGAUAAGAAAACAAGAUAUGAUGAAGCUGAGGAAUAUGGAACACUAUUGGAGAAUGUGAACAUAUGUAUUGACUCUGGGCAUGACAUAGAACUGGACCUGUUCUCCUCCGACCCUUAUCAAUAUGACAGGCAAGAUUCAGAUGGCUACCACAGUGGAAUAGGUACACCAGUACCAUCUCUAGUGUCCAGCGAUUUUCACAUGAACAUUGAAGUCAUAAAGCAACUGGUCCAUCUACAAACCCAAGAAGGCUUCUGGGAACUCACAGAAGAGAUUGGUGCCUUGAUAGGCGUUUCUACACUUGGGAUUGAAGAUCUCCUUUGCUCAGCUGGAAUAAGAUCACUCGGCAACAAGGUAUCAACAAAUAUGAAGAGACUUUUAUGCUCUCUAUUGACUGUUCUCCGAAUUAUGCAAUAUCUUCGCCCAGAACUAUUGGACUCAAUAUCAUCAAAGCUGAAAGAAAUCCACACUCUUCAAACAUACAUCACUGAAGUUAUCAACACACUAUGUACUGAUAUGGAGUCUAAUAUGCCAUAUAUUGAGAAUGUUAUAAAGGCAUUGAUGUUCAUUGCUUUGGUGGAUAAGACUUAUCCCUUGGUAUAUAGUACCCUAGAACUUGGGCAUAGCUGGGCAGAGGUUGGUGUUAAGAUAUUGGGAAUGUAGCAGUUGUAAGAAAAUUGAGAAACAAGGGAAGACUUACAACUUUACAAUGAUGCAACUGCUUAAUCAGCGUGUGUCAAAAUUAUGGACAUGUUGCUAUGUAUAUAUUAUGAAGUAGCAAAUCAACCAGCUCAAUUCUUUUUAACUAACUGCUUGAAAGUCUCAGGACUGGUGCUUAUGUUCCACUGCUUACUGACAUAAUUAAUAAAGUGUUAAGCAUAUUAGCCAUGAACGUCUUUUAUUAUAAAAUAGCGUUCAAAUAAAAUUAAAAAACAAUGUGAAGGUUGAUAAUGUGAAAUAAUCUUAAUGUAUCAAUUGUGCAGUAAAAUGGUUAAUAUAUAAAUGGUGCCCACUUAGAGUCUUGUGGACGGUGUUCAGUGGUUGGUGUUUGGUGGUUAUCAUUCAGUGUUUGGUGAUUGGACAUUGGCGUCUGUAUAAAAUGAAUUUUGUGAC